CAUCUUAACCAACAACGAGAACACGCGCAUUUUGUCCAGAUGACGCCAGUAACACGUUUUUAUGUUGUGUGGCAAGUGGAAGAAAAAGAAGUGGAAAUAAAAGGGGAGAACUACUAGGAGAGACCUCAGCAAGCAACGAUGGAAAAGAUAAAGAUUAACACUGUAAUGUCAUCCACCUCUAUGGUUAGUCUACUCCAGUCCAGCAGGUGGCGGUAAUGCACCAUAAGCUGACCUGUGAUAAACAGCAUAAGAAGAAAGACCGCUGCAAGAGUUGAUCACAUGAAGGUUUACAGUCCGUUAUCAUGGAUGCAGGGUCUGAAUCCAAACUUCAGCUGGUUCACAGACACAUACGAGCUUUUCCAGACUUUCCGAAGAAAGGCAUCCUGUUCAGAGACAUCUGUCCCAUCCUGAAGGAUCCCGCUGCUCUCACAGCAGUCAUCGACCUGUUUGAAGAACACGUGAAGAAGAAUCACAAGCGGGUUGAUCUGAUCGCAGGGUUAGAUGCUCGUGGUUUCCUCUUUGGGCCUCUGCUUGCCCAGCGGAUGGGUGUCGGAUUUGUCCUGAUCAGAAAGAAAGGCAAACUGCCUGGAGCCACUGUGUCUGUGGCAUAUGACUUGGAGUAUGGCAAGGCUGAGGCAGAGAUCCAGGCGGAUGCAGUUUCUCCAGGACAGAAGGUUCUGCUUAUUGAUGAUCUUCUGGCUACUGGGGGGACACUGUAUGCAGCCUGUGAGCUGAUGAGGCAGCAGCAGGCCGAGGUUCUGGGUUGCAUGGUAGUCAUCGAGCUCAAAGAGCUGAAUGGCAUCGACAGAGUGAAACCACAUAGUGUCUUCUCCCUGGUUCAGUACUGAGGACCACUGAAGCUGCUAUACUGGAAACGGGUCAAUCCUCAGUCCAAGAAAACAAGAACCCUUUCCAGCUCCCGCACACCUCUACACUUUUUGUCAUUUCAUUUUAGUUCGUGCUAAGGUAUAAAAUACUCUGGUUGCAUGGGCCAGAGCCUUACCCAGUAACAAGAGGACAGUGUCUUUAAAUGUCUUUAAAUGUCUCUGGAGUUUUCGGUUCUUUUCAUCUAAUCCAUGCUGGGAUCAGUCCUUGCUUCUUUGUGUGCUUAUAGGAUGGAUGGAUAGACUGAUAUUGGUCAGAAAGGCGUAACAGCUGACAAUGUCUUCUCUUUUGCAGUUUUUGUUCUACUAUACUUGAUGGCCUCCUCAUCUUUAUAUUUAAUAUCUUCAAGCAAUUCUCUACCUAACUGUAAAGAAUAGGAAUGUGCUUCUGUGUCUUGAGGUUUUGAAAGCCAUGCUAUGCUAACCAUGUGAGGCUACAACCAGCUGUAGCGUGCUGUGCUGGCUAAUGAACAACAGGCAUGGAUACUGGCUUUAUUUCAUGUAAAUGUUUACUUUGGACAGUUCAGAGUCUCAAAGUACUUAACAUUUGUAUACAUGCUUCUAUGAGGAGAAGCUCUUCAUGAUGCCUCUUUAACACACUUGCAGUGGAAAAAAGUCGUAGUGGAACUUUUCAGUUCAGUAAAAAAAACAAAUCAAAGUUAAAGCCAAGUAACAAAAACAUUCCAGUUUUUUGUGGUAUUGUUGACUGGAUUAGUCCUGUAGUACUGUUGGUUACAGUUUACCUGUAACCACUGCUCUCUUUUCUAAUGCUGGCUUCAUCAUGUCAUUGUAACAUAGUAAUAUAGGAAAUGACAUUCUUAGACUAACAUUGUGGCAGUUAUAAAAGCUAUACUUCAUCUACAGUACAGACAACAACACAACAGUAUCGCAUAAUUGUGAAGUGGAAAGAAAAUGAUACGUGGUGUUCAAGAUUUUUUAC